UGUUGGUGAGGUUCGUCGCGAAACCAGCCUAAUCAGUACGCUUAGCGUACGAGCCUAUCGGUAUAAACGGUGAUCGUGAUUUCGGAUGCAACCAUUGUAGCUAUGAUGAUCGAUGUCGAUGCUAUCGACGUGAGCUGGAUAAAGUGUGACAAAAGCCGAUGAAGCUUUGCUGUAUCCGGCGGCGCAAGGCUUAAAAAUGAGCCCAGGCGAAUAGUUGACGAGAAAACGAAACAAAUCCUUUGAUAGUGUGACGAGGCUUUCGGCGUUGUGAUAAAUGAAUAUACAGUAACAGAUGAACUGAUCAUAAUGUGUUAAUGUGUAGACGACGGUCAUUGAACGAUCAUUGAAAUUAUUAGAAGAAGCAUAUCAACAACUAGUCCAAUAAUAGGCAAAAGAUUGAAGAAACGAAUUUAAAAUCGAAAUGCGGUGUCAGCCCAUAAAAACAGAGAAUGAUGGUUAUUGAUUUUUCUAAAGUGUUUGUGAAAGUAGUAAAAAUGCCAGUGUAAGAACUUACUGUCGUUUGAAAAAUCAUCGGCGGUGGAGCUGUACUCCUACCUCAUGCUACUGCUAGUUAGUGUUCUACUUUACCUCCUCUCGGAUUAUUUGAAAAAAUGCAUCCUUGCUUUUCGAUUACCCGGCCCUACCGCUUAUCCGGUCAUUGGUAAUUGUUUGGAGAUCGCCAAAAAGGAUUUGAUCACACGGGAAAUAGCGCAAGCGUAUAAAAACUAUGGCCCCUUGGCGAGAGUUUGGAUUUUUGUGUUUCCCAUGUUCGUAGUGUUUGAUCCGAGCGAUCUGAAGGUAAUACUUUCCUCGAAAAAACACACCGACAAAUCCCUGUUCUAUAAGCUUCUGCACAAUUUUCUCGGCCGAGGUUUAAUCACCAGCAGCGGGCACAAGUGGAGCACACAUCGGAAGCUGAUUCAACCGUCUUUUAACAUCACGAUUCUUGAGAAAUUCAUUGAAACAUUCGCUGAUAGUGCUUCUUCACUGAUUGAGAAACUGCCCAAAGAGGAAACGAUUUUAAAUGUUACCGAAUACGUCAACAAUUGUGUACUGGACAUUCUUAAUGAGGCCGUGCUAGGAGUACCCGUCAAAGCCACUGACAAAGCCGAAAUGGACCAGUCACCCUUUAGGCAGGGCAAAGUGGUAGCUCCGUAUCGUAUAACACAUCCUUGGCUGCUUUUCAACUCGAUCUACAAACUUACCGAUGCCGCAUCAGCCGAGCUGAAUCAAAAAAAGCAGUUGGAUGAUUUUUCCCGCAAGAUGAUACACCGGAGACGCGAGGCACAGAAAACGCUAACUGCGACCGAUCGACGCUGUUUGUUGGACUUUAUGAUCGAGAUUUCGAACGAAAAUCCAGACUUCACUGAUGAAGAUAUCAUCGAUGAAGCAUGCACUUUUAUGCUGGCGGGUCAAGAUUCAGUUGGUGCUGCGAUCGCAUUCACGUUGUUCCUGCUAGCACGCCAUCAGGAUCAUCAGGCCAAGUGUUAUGAAGAAGUGAAGCAACACCUGGUUUCGGAUUGUCAGAAGCUUCCAACCGCCGAAAGUAUUCGUGAGCUACGCUAUCUGGAAGCAUGCAUUAAGGAAAGUCUUCGCCUGUACCCCAGCGUUCCGAUGAUGGCUCGUAAGAUUGGUGAAGGUGUACGCAUAGACAACAAGUACAAUUUGCCACCUGGAACCGAAAUUCUCAUUCUACCCUAUGCAACCCAUCGCCUCGAGCACAUCUAUCCCGAUCCGGAGCGAUUCGAUCCGGAACGAUUCGCGGAUACCGCUCCACACCAGAACCCGUACGCGUUCCUGCCGUUCAGUGCCGGCCCACGAAACUGUAUCGGCUACAAAUUCGCGUAUAUCGAGAUGAAAACGGUGAUUGCUCGUAUUCUGCAGAACUAUCAUCUGACGCCGGCGCCUGGUAAGGAAGAGGUUGAACCAGUAUUUCGUAUGACUCUCCGGGCAAGAGGAGGGCUCUGGGUGAAACUAACACCCCGACAGGGAAGCCUGAAGUGUACGUAGAGAGUGACGUCGUGUGCGCGUUCCUCGUCUGAAACUACAGGAUCAGUGCAUCAACUAUGUUUUAAAUGGUUAAAUGGAGUAUCAAUUCGAAAUAAAUUUUCUUAGUGAAAACAAG